AUGUCCUGCCGGUGCUUGGUGGUGUCAGUCUUUUCACAGUUAGCCAUUCUAAUAGUGCUGUGCGUCCCUUACACCUCUGGCCUGUCUCUCCUAGGGCUGUGCCUGGCUGCUCCUGAGAAAACUGGAAGAUGGUGUGCCAUGUCAGAUCACGAGGCCACGAAGUGCACCAGUUUCCGAGACAAUACGAAAAAAGUGUUUCCAGCAGAUGGUCCCCUUGUCACCUGCGUGGAGAGAGCGUCUUCCCUUGAGUACAUUAAGGCCAUCACAGCAAAUGAAGCAGAUGCUGUGGCCAUUGAUGGAGGUUUAGUGUUUGAGGCAGGCCUGGCCCCCUACAGCCUUAAGCCCAUCAUUGUAGAAAUCUAUGGGUCAAAAGAUGAUCCACAAACCCACCAUUAUGUCAUUGCCAUGGUGAAGAGCACCAACUUCCAGCUGAGCCAGCUCCAAGGCAAGAAGUCCUGCCACAUGGGCCUGGGCUGGUCUGCUGGAUAGAACAUCCCCAUCAGGGCACUGCUUCCCCCUAGCUCCCUUGAAACCGAUGAGCCAGCUGGGGCUGGGUCAGCAGCGGCCAAGUUCUUCUCCAGCAGCUGCAUCCUCUGUGAGGACAUGAAGAAUUUCCCCCGCCUGUGUCGACUGUGUGCAGGGAAAGGGACAGACAAGUGUGCCUGCUCCUCCCAAGAAUCGUACUUUGGCUACGCGGGAGCCUUAAAGAACCUGGCAAACAAGGCUGACAGGGACCAGUAUGAGCUGCUUUGCCUGAACAACACCCGGAAGCUGGUAGUUGGAUACAAGGACUGCCAUUUGGCCUGGGUCCUUUCUCAUACUGUCAUGGCCUGAAGUGUGGGUGGCAAGGAGGACUUGAUCUGGAAGCUUCUCAACCAGGUCCAGGAACAUUUUGGAAAAGACAAGUCGUCAGAAUUUCAGCUCUUUGGCUCUCCUCAUGAGACAGAUCUGCUGUUUACUGAUGCUGCCCAUGGGUUUUUAAUGGUCCCACCUAAGAUGGAUGCCAAGCUGUACCUGGGAUAUGAGUAUUUUUCCGCGACUCAGGAUCCAAAAAGAGGUAUAUGCGGAAGACUCCCCGGGGUGCGGUGGUGCGCAGUGGGCCACCAUGAGAGGGCCAAGUGUGAUGAGUGGAGUGCUGUGAGUGGUGGUGCCUUGGCGUGCACCAUGGAGGAGACCCCAGAGGACUGCAUCACUGCCAUCACAAAAGGGGAAGCUGAUGCCAUGAGCUUGGAUGCAGGAUUCAUCUACAUAGCAGGGAAAUGUGGUCUGGUGCCUGUCCUGGCAGAGAACUACAGUAAGUGGAGGGGAAAAAAAAAAUUUAGGUCUAAGUGUGUGAAUUUACCCAUGGAAGGCUAUUAUGUCAUGGCUGUGGUUAAGAAAUCAGAUGCUGAUGUCACCUGGAACUCUCUUUGAGGCAAGAAGUCCUGCCACACUGCAGUUGGCACUUCUGCAAGCUGGAACAUCCCCAUGGGCUUAAUAUACAAUCAAACCGGGUCCUGUAAAUGUUAUGAUUUCUUCAGUCGCAGUUGUGCCCCUGGGUCUAAUUCGGAUUCCCCUCUCUGUGCUCUGUGUGGUGGCAGGUGCAAUCCUGCCCACACAUGGGCUUACAACAGCCAGGAGAGAUACUACGGCUCCAGUGGGGCUUUCAGGCAAGUAGUGUCUGUGCACCACCUUUAUCUUUGCACCAAGCCAGUACAUUUCUUGUCCUGUCACUUCUUCCAUCAUCCCAGCAUCUGGCUGCUGCAUUUGGAAGGAGCCAGAAUCUAGGAAACAGAACUACUGCAAACUUUGAAUGGCUCCAAUGACUCAAGUCCAGCUCUUCUCUAGGGCACUCUCCUGCACACCCAGAUGAUUUAGGGCACCUUAGGGCACCUAGGGAGAAGCAAGAAUGAUGGCGGCAGAGUCACAACUCUAGUUCUACUUUUGCCACUUUCUUCUGUGUGACUGUGGACAAGUCAAGAAUGCAUCAGAGCCUUGGUUUAAAAUCACAGGGGGGACACCAGACACCUCACUUCUUACACUU